UAAUACUGAUUACAAGCUCCCCCUUCAUUUCCAGUGGAGGAAUGUCAGCAGAGCUGCAUGUAGGUGAAAUAAGUAGUUUUUAAGCCCAAAACUGCGUGUGAGUUGUCUUCCAAAGAGAAGGGGGCUGUUAAAAUCUUCAUUUGUGCAGAGAAUUGAUCUCAACCUUGUUCAGUGCGUAGAGUUUAUUAGCACAUGAAUUAUUAGACAUUUUGGAGCUGCCUUUCCCCAAGAUGAGUACAGUUAUUGAUUUGACCAAUGAAGAAAGCGACCAUAUGCAGCCUGUUGACAUGGACUUGACUUGUCAUGUUCCUUCUGUCAUCACUUCAUCCCUUCAGCAGACUGAAAUGGCAGGUGGUGCUGAGCAGCAGACCAUGAGAGUUUACCUCCGAGUCAGGCCCUUCUCUAAAGAGGAACUCUCGGGCAACGAGGAUCAGGAUUGUGUAGUGAUUGAAAACAGCCAAACGGUGACACUGAAUGCACCAAAGGGCUCUGCCACCAUGAAGAGCAGUGAGAAGGGCAUCGGCACGUCUCUCCACAAAUUCUCCUUCUCCCAGAUUUUCGGACCAGAGAUGACUCAGUCUGAGCUAUUUGAGGACACUGUCAAAAGCCAAAUGUCUGAAUUCUUGGAUGGGAAGAAUGCACUGAUAUUCAGCUAUGGCGUAACCAACGCUGGGAAAACCUACACAAUCCAAGGAACUCCAAAAGAGCCGGGAGUACUCCCUCGAGUGCUGGAUGCCACCUUUCACUACAUUGGAGGCCGUCAGUAUGAGGGGAUGGACCUGAAACCCUACCUCAGGAAUGAUGCACAAUAUCUGGAUCCGGACCAAGUCAAGCAGGAGAGAAGUGCUAAAGCUGCCAUUUUUGCUUCAGUCAAAGACGAGUGUGAUCCUCUCAGAGCCAGUGGUGGUUUAGAGUCCUUGUCCUGUUCCACCACCAGUCUCUCAUCCUCCUCUUUGUCCUACGAUGAAACCGUGUUGGUAAGCAACCCAACAGAAGCAGGCAGCAGCCAGUUUGCCUUAUGGGUGGCGUUCUUUGAAAUCUACAACGAGUGUGUAUAUGAUCUGCUUCAGCCUUCACUGUGCUCUAAGUUCAAGAAACGUGCUGCUCUCCGAGUAUGUGACGAUGGUGCUGGCAAUGCUUAUGUUAAAGAUCUCAGGUGGAUUAACAUCCAGACCCUGGGCGAAGCCUGUAAACUACUACAGUUUGGAAACAAAAACAGAAGUGCUGCAGCCACGAAGAUGAACCAGUCGUCUAGCAGAAGCCACAGCAUAUUUACCAUGAAGUUACUGAAGAUCGAUGGCAGCACAGUUAAAAGGAUCUCAGAGUUUUCUCUGUGUGACCUGGCUGGCUCAGAAAGAUGCAACAAAACCAAGACCUUCGGAGAGAGGCUGAAGGAGGCAGGGAACAUAAACAACUCCCUGCUCAUUCUGGGGAAGUGCAUCACUGCCCUUCGCAACAAUCAGACUGACAGAAUGAAGAGCAGCUACAUUCCUUUCAGAGAGAGUAAGCUCACCAAGCUCUUCCAGGCUGUUUUCUGUGGCAAAGGAAGAGCGUCAAUGAUCGUCAACAUCAACCAGUGUGCUUCCACCUAUGACGAGACUCUCCAUGUUAUGAAAUUCUCUGCUGUUGCCAAACAGGUGGUGCAGGUGAUCCCAGACAAGCCUCUGGAAGCUCUGGCUCCCUGUUUGGUCGGCCAUGAUGGCAAGCCUCUGGUGAGGAACGGGAAGAUUGACAGCCAGGCCCUGGAGAGCUACCUGUCUGAGGAGGAGCUGCUUGAUGAGGAAGACGAGGCUGACAUGUCUUUGCUGCCACAGAAUGAGGUCGUGAAUAUGAUUGAAACCCUGCGAACAAAACUCCUGGCUGAGCGAAGAAGAAACCUGGUUCAGGAAAUGGAGAUUCGCAAGGAAAUGGGAGAUGCCAUGUUACAACAGCUCAUGGAGAGUGAGGAACUCCGCAGUCGGCAGAUUGAAGAGCUGAAGGAGAGCUACCAAGAAAAGCUGGAGAACACUUUUGAGAUGUACAAGGAGGUUAUCAAAGAGCAUGCCUACCAGAGUGCUAUGAACAAUCUGGAAGAUGACUAUGUACCUCUUGAUGAGUUCAUUGCUGAACAGGAGAAAGUGGAGGCCCUCAAACGUAAAGUGUCAGAGUUGGAGACCUUAACGUCCAGUAUCGAAGGGGGAGCGCGUGCAGUUCCAACAGUGGACCAGUCGUGCCAGACUCAACCAUUUAAAGUGACGGAAGCAGCAGCAGAUGAUCGGUGCAAACGGCUUUACAAAGAAAAAUGUGCUAUAGAGAGGAUGUGUGAGGAUAAACAACAGUUGAUUUUGUCCCUAGAGAAAAGGCUGAUGGACCUUAGUGAAACACUUCAGAAGGUCAGAGAUGGCUUCCUGGAGAAAUCAGCUGAUCUGGAGGCUCUGCAGAGGAAGGCCGAUGAUCAGACGAAAGCUUUGGAGGACAUCCUACGGCAGAACACUGAAAAGGACAAGGAGAUUGCCUCACUAAAGGCAGAACUUGCAAAGUUUUCCCAGAAGUCCCCUGUGCAGCCCAAAACCAAGCGAGGCCUGCUUGCCAACAUCAGGGAGGCGGUGACUUCACCACGGAAGGGUACGACUGGCCGAACGCUCAGGAAAACUGUUAGGACUGCGCACCCCUGAAAAGCCCAGCAUUUGGAGGGGGAGAGAGAUUGCUUUGGUUGCUUGGGACAGUUUUAGAAUACCUUUUUAAAAAAGGAAUGGCAGACGUUUAUUAUUUUGUAUUUAUUUUAUUCAGUGUGUUUCUUGUGAUUGUUUUUGAUGUCUUUUUUUUUAAAUAAAAUUAAAUUGCUCAAACUUC